AGUAUCAUGAGACAAGAUUUGGUUCCCUCUUAAUUUGUUUAAUUGCCAACACCAAAUCAGAAUUUUGUCUGGCGGAUACGAUCCUCUUCUAUAAUCUAUACCACCAAGCUCUUCCUCUUCUUGUAUUAUACACAUUCAAUACAUAGAUGUAAUCAAACAUCUUCAUCCUCUCUUUUUUUUUUUUUUUAAAAAAAAAAAACACCUCAAAAUUUCUAUCAAACACCUUGGAAUGACAAAUCAUCAAACGAAAUCCCACAAGGGAUUUUCGAAAAUUGUGGUAAUAACAACAAGUUAUAACUUGAUUUGUUUUGCAGCGUUGUUGUUGGUGGUGGAAGUGAAGAGUAGCCCUCCAGGAGAUCCCAUCAAAUGUUAUUCAUCUGGAAACACAGAUUGCACGAUCACAAACGCUUAUGCCACUUUCCCGGAUCGAUCCAUUUGCCGUGCACCCCAAGUUUUCUAUCCUUCAACGGAAGAAGAGCUGAUUUCCGUAAUAGCAAAUGCAACUUCCCAGAAGAAGAAGAUGAAAAUCGCAACCUCAACCUCACACAGCGUCCCUAAACUGUCCUGCCCAGAUGGUGAAGACGAUGUUCUCAUAAGCACAAAGUACUUAAACAAGACAGCGAGAAUCGACCCCGUGGCGAUGACUAUAACGGUGGAGUCCGGGAUGAUUUUGAGGGAUUUGAUUAAUGUGAGCGCAACGGCCGGGCUGGCCAUACCUCACGUUCCGUAUUGGUGGGGUUUGACCGUGGGUGGAAUUUUGGGUACCGGAAGCCAUGGAAGUUCUUUGUGGGGUCUAGGGAGUUGUGUUCAUGAUUAUGUGAUCGGAUUGAGGAUUGUUUCGCCGGCCGGAGCCGAUGAAGGUUAUGCAAAAGUGAGGACAUUGGAGAAAGGUGACCCGGAGCUUGAUGCGGUUAAAGUCUCUCUUGGUGUUCUUGGGGUCAUUUCUCAGGUGACAUUACGAUUGGAGCCAUUAUUCAAGAGGUCUAUAAGUUAUGUAGGGAAGAACGAUUCGGACAUAGAAGAUCAGGUGUCCACGUUCGGAAAGGAACAUGAAUUUGGGGACAUAAUGUGGCUUCCAAGUCAAAAUAAGGUUGUUUACCGGAUUGAUGACCGGGUUUCACCCGACACUCCUGGAAAUGGUCUCUUUGAUUUUUUGGGGUUUCGUUCCAUCCCUUUACACCAUAUACUGUAUCCACGAACUCAAGAGGAAAGCGAAGAAUCCGCAGGACUUUCUGCAGGGAAAUGCGCUGCAUAUGGUGGUGGUUUGACCCAAAACGGUUAUGCAAGCCGUGAUUCAGGAAAAUGCGAAAUUGCCCAAAGCAGGUACCACAUGGCAAUGGAAUUGGCAUACGGGUUAACGAACGAUGGCACCUCAUUCACUGGCUAUCCUGUAGUAGGGUAUAAUAAUCGCCUCCAAUCAUCCGGGUUAUGUUUUGAUAGCCCGGAGGAUGAUUUACAAACUGCAUGCAACUGGGAUCCCAGAAUUAAGGGUUUCUUCUUCUUUGAGAUUGGAAUUAGCAUUAGUUUAUCCAACGCCAAAAACUUCAUUCAAGAUGUGAAAAAGCUUGUGGCUUUGCAACCUGAGGCAUUUUGUGGUAUAGACAUUUAUACUGGUAUCUUAAUGAGAUAUGUUAAAGGAUCAAGUGCUUACUUGGGAAAAGAUGAAGAUUCUUUGGAGUUUGAUAUUAUUUAUUACAGAAGCAAAGACCCAAUGACCCCAAGAUUACAUCAAGAUUUCUAUGAAGAGCUUGUGCAAAUUGCAUUAUUCCAAUAUGGAGGAGUACCACAUUGGGGUAAGAAUAACAACAUGGCUUUUGCGGGAGCAAUCAACAAGUACAAGAAUUCAAGUGCUUUUUUGAAGGUGAAACAAUUGUUUGAUCCUUUGGGGCUGUUUUCCAAUGAGUGGACUGACCAAAUUCUUGGAUUGAAAGAUGGAAUAAACAGUAUGAAGGAAGGUUGUGCUUUGGAAGGAUUGUGCAUUUGCGAAGAAGACAUUCAUUGUGCUCCAAAGAAGGGUUACUUUUGUCGACCAGGAAAAAUUUACAAAAAUGCAAGGGUUUGUGCGCCUUCACUGUCAAAUGAAAUUGCAUAUGUUUAGUAAUCAAUUACAGCCAAUUGCCUAAUUAUGGUUGAAUCAAUAUGGUAAAAAGAAAAUAGCUGAGGUACUGCGACUAUUAUGAUGUAGAUUUAUUAUGGAACUUAUAAAGGAGAAUGGGAUGGCUUUUCUGCUGAAGCAAGUUGGGGGAGAUGAUGUUUGCA